UCUUACCUUCACAAACUUGCGGUGAGUACUAUUUAUAUUCACCCGAGAUCUUUUGACAGAACGCGAAUAGGUUGCGAUCCUAUGGUCAGUACAGUCCUCUUAAUCUCUCCAUGUAUUGACGAUGGAUCACGUCCAGGAUUCUUGACACCGUCCAUCUCGUGUUGAUUGUUCACGCUACAUACCACUAUGCUGUCAAGGGAUUCGGGGACGCGUCAAAUAUGGCUUUCAUCGUUUGGUCGGUGAAGCUCCAAGUAACCAUUAACGUGAUCAUCAUUCUUUUUGUUCAGAGUUUAUACGCUUAUCGCGUCUGGAUCCUUGGUGGAUAUCAUCAUGGCGUUUUGGGAUAUGUUGUGGCCGGCGUUGUGAUAGGCGGAUUCGGUAUUGGAGCUACCGUGGCCUACAAGAUCUAUACGAUUCAAAUGUUCGAGGAACUACAUGCCAUUUCUUGGACCAUCUAUCUGUCUUUGGCAACCUCGACCGCUAUUGAUUUCACCAUUGCUUCGACCAUGUGCUACUACCUUCACAAAAGUCGAGGAUCCGAGUCACAGUUGAACUCGAGAAUAUCGACGGUUAUGCAAUAUACUUUGAGUUCUGGGCUUUUCACCAGCGCAUGUUCUUUGUCAACUUUAUUCACUUACACCCUUAUGCCGGACAAUCUGAUUUUUCUAAGCCUUCAGUUCCUAUCGACGAAAUUCUACGUUGGCUCUUUCUUAGCCAUGCUCAACUCCCGCCAACAUAGGAACGUAGACGGGCAACCGUCUUCAGGCGUCAAGCCUGGUAUAGAAUUCAGGGUACAGAUGUCGACGUUUACCGACGAGGACGCCCAAUGGCAACACGAAACGUCCUCAAAUUCUCCACAUAGUCCAGCGUCAGAGAGUCAGUCCACAUACGUCAGCUUUGAACAAAAUUCAAAGAACUCAGCAUGGCAUGUAGAUGUAGAACCGGUGCAUCCUUCAAAUACUCUGCAGAGAAGUGGACGACCUGAAUAUAUGUCCCAGUGGUAAAAGCAUAAUCUUCUUGUUUCCUUUUGAAAUUUUGGGACUCUUCGAAAUUCAUCGUUUUGUAUUCUUUCUGGUAUUUACGCAACACAGAGUGCUGCUCAUCGGUAUACUACUACCUUAGUUGGAGUGUUGUAUAGCAUAAUUCGUGUAUAACAGUCAGUGGAAUUACAAUCAAGUACAUCUAGGAUCUUGAGUUAUUGCUCAAAACCGUUGUUCUUUCGGUUUGCAAAAGUGGAAAAUGAGAUUCGGAAGAAGACCUCGAGGCCG